CAUGUUUAGGAACAUGCGCCGAUGACGUAACAUCAUCCGAUCGACGUCUGCGUCCCGGAUUGGUUGCAUGAAGAUCGUAUGAUCGUUUGUAAUUUUGUGACUACUACGUUUUUGACGUUUCGUCGACUGUUCCGGAAUAUUGACGGCUGCGUGGAUUUAUUCGACGUGAUUGAAGACGUUUGAGGCCGGCAACGGCAAUGGGAGAUCCUGGUGGUUGGCCACCGGGCCAGGAGAAUGAUUUUCCCAAUUUCCAAUCGAAUGACAGCUUCAAUUUGAAUGAAGUCACUGGUAUCGAUGAUCUUCUUACAAAUUGCGAAAGUGAGUUGCUAAAAAAUGAACUGUUUAGUGACGAAGCUUUUCUUUCCGAAUUGGAAGAACCUAUGGCAGGUGGAGAUACAUUUGAUUUUUUAAAUCUCAACAACAAUGAGUUUAAAAAUUUCAAAGAUUUCAAGGAUCCAAUUAUCCUUGAGCCAUCAAAUACGAAUGUAAUGGUAACACAACAAACGGAUAGUAAUCAAUCUGUUACCUAUGUACAACAGGAUAUUACAUCAGUAAUGCAAAAUAGAUCACAAAAGAUAGUGGCUUCAGCGAAACCUACAGUCUUCAGCUCUCAGUAUGCAAUACCACAAAAUGUGAAUUUUAAUGUGCAAUCGCCAAAUGUUGUGACACUAGCUCCAGUUACUCAACAGCCACAGUUACUUUUACCAGCCAAAUUAAUCAAGUCAGAAUCUCUCGUAUAUUCAAAGGGUGGACAAAAUAUUACAUCUACUCCUGUUUCACAUCUACAUACUCUCGUGAAUACUACAAAUGGAACGGUAUUGACCACUGGAAUUCCUGUGGUACUGGACACUGAUAAAGUACAAAUUAAUCGUCUAAACACAGGUACACAUGUGGGUGUACCAAGAGUAAGAGAAGUGAAACGCAGUGCUCACAAUGCUAUCGAGCGUCGUUAUAGGACGUCGAUCAACGAUAAAAUAAUUGAACUGAAAAAUAUUAUAGUUGGAGUCGAUGCCAAAUUGAACAAGUCUGCAAUUUUGCGAAAAACCAUCGAUUAUAUUAGAUUUUUGCAGAAUGCCAAUGCAAAAUUAAAAACUGAGAAUAUGGCGCUGAAGUUGGCUGCUCAACGACAAAAUCUUCGUGAUAUGUUAGUGUGCGGAGACCUUACGCCUCCACGCUCCGAUUCAAGCGAACCAUCUUUGUCACCUGCACCCGCGCCGUUAUCACCGCCAUCACCAUCUUCGGUAAAAGACGAUCCGGACGCAUUGCAAAAUUUACACUCUAUACCUACUUCAUCCAAUGGAGGCAUGAGAGAUCACACUCGACUGACACUAUGUGGAUUUAUGCUAUUAUUUUUAGCAUUCAAUCCUCUCGGUAUUCUUGUAAAUAAUAUUGGAAGAUUCAAUUAUGAUUACGUAAAUACGAAACUGGAUGGACGAACGAUACUCAAUUAUCAAGAUCAAUCGGAAUUGGAUAAGCAGUUGUGGAGCAAUGUUAUUCUUUGGUUUACUAAUCUGAUACUCUUAGCAGUUGGUCUUUGUAAACUAUUAUUGUACGGUGAUCCUGUUUUGCCUACUGACAGCAAAGUUUUUCUCGAAGUACGUCGUUGGCGAAGUCAAGCUGAAUUUAAUAUAUCUAAGCAUGAAUGUAAUCAAGCAUACCGAGAUUUACAUCAAUGCCUGCAGUAUUUUGGCCGAUCUUUUCCGUUAUCACGUACGGAGAUUUUUCUUGCUACCACUUGGCAAAUAGUGCGACAAGUUCUUCAUAAAUUAUGGCUAGGUAGAUGGGUUAUGCAAAUCAGCAAAUGGUUGUCGGAAAAAUCAGAUCGGCAGCAGGCAGAGACAUCCGCUGUGGAGAUCGCUAUCGUUUAUCAACAUAUGCUUUGCCUUCGUAUGUCUGAAGGAACGAAAGAUUCGACAUUGUAUCUUGCCCUCUGUGCUCUCAAUUAUGCGGAAGCUGCUAGUGAAAGCAUGCCGAAACCGCUUUUGGCAGAGAUCUAUGUGAAUGUUGCGCUGUGUCUGAAACAAUCUCUCUUUCCAUACAUACAUAAAUAUUACUUGGGUAAAGCGCGUGUCUUGUUAUCCUCCUGCACCGUCCCUCCGAAAUUGAAAUGGAUCAUGACCGACGAAGGCGCAAAAUUUUUAGCGUCACAAAAGUGGCAAUACAAGAAACAGCCCAAUAGCGAAUUUACGUCGCAAAGCAGUCGAGCAGAUCCGUUAUCGUACGCAGCUCGUGCGUAUAGAGAUCACUUGAUUGAACAAUGUCUACGUUUGUUAACUGGUACAGUUGGAGAAUGUCAUGCAUCUUCUGUACUCGAGUUAGGACGCAUCAUCAUGGCUUCUGCGGAAGUAGAUGCCUGUUUCCCAUGUGCUGAUAAAAUCAGCAUAGCAACUUGUGAAGACGAGAUUGGAUUAUGGUGGGGGGCGGUAAUCUGCGCUGCUGCAAGUUGGAGAUUGGGAGAAGAAGAUUCCAAGGCGUGGAGUAUCGUGGAGAGUAAAUUUCCAUACGAAAGGAACUUCCAAAUUAGCAAUAAUAGCAGCAGCAGCCCGUUACCUCAUGCUGUACUUAAUGUUCUUCAUGCGGCGAAAUAUCCCACAAAGUUAGUUUCUAUGCGUUUCAUCGAUCAGGCGGGACUACUGCUCGAACAAUCUAUGGUAUAUUAUCAUUGCAAGGAGAAAUCAUCGCAGCAAAUCUUGCUUACUCAGUUAUGGAUUUGUGAUUGGCUUCUCGAGAUACGUACAAUUUUAUGGCAAGAAUUGGACACGGAACCAGAAAGAUCAAUCGCAAGUAUAUCUCUUGCUGGAUUCCAACGUGAUUUGGCAUGCUUAAGGCAAUUAUGUCAACACAUUCCGUCUGUGUUGGCGCGAGUGUUCCUGUACGAGGCUACGGCGCGCAUUAUGGCAGGGGCGACACCAGUAAAAACUCAGAUCUUAUUAGAUCGAAGUUUGCAUCAUAGAAAUUCACGUUCUUCGAUUAUAUGCGGGAAAGAUCGGUCACAAGAGCAAAACAACGGCGAGAGAGAGCAUGCGGUCGCGUUAUGUCUCGCAUGUAGACAUCUGCCGAUAUUGCUAUUAGCUUCACCAGGAGAACGCGCCGGCAUGCUUGCGGAGGCUGCCAAAACGCUCGAGCGAAUAGGGGAUAGAAAACGCCUUCAGGAAUGUUACAAAUUGAUGCGACAGCUAGGUUCCGCAAUCACUGUUAAUUAAUACUUUGAUCUAAUAUUUUUACAACUACUGACAAAGUAUUAUUAAAAAACAACCAUUUUAUGAAAGCUUAAAUGACUCUUGAAAUUCAAACAGUUCAUAAUAUGGAAUUAACCUUGAUUUUUUACUAAUAUGAAUAUGUAUAUAUGUAUAAUUCAAUAAUAUUUGAUUUUAU